AUGGCGACGCUCAGUGCUCAGCGCAAGCACAAGGUGACCAUUGUGGGCUCCGGCAAUUGGGGCACCACAAUGGCCAAGCUUGUGGCCGAGAACACCAAGGCCAACUCCUCUCUCUUUGAAGAGGAGGUGCAGAUGUGGGUCUACGAAGAAGACUACGCAAUCCCAAAGAAUUCGCAGCACUACAACGGCUCAGACAAGCCCGAAAAGCUUUCACAGCUCAUCAACAAAGUCCACGAAAACAUCAAGUACCUACCGAACAUCACGCUGCCUCCGAACGUCGUUGCCAACCCUGAUCUGCCCGAUGCGUGCAAAGACUCCACAAUGCUCGUAUUUGUGCUCCCACAUCAGUUCAUUGCAAGGACAUGCUCCCAGCUUUCAGGCAAGAUCUUACCAUACGCGCGAGCUAUUUGCUGCACAAAGGGUGUCGACGUCAGCGAGAAGGGUAUUCAGCUCAUGUCAGAGGCUAUUGGAAAAGGCUUGAACAUCUACUGUGGUGCUUUGUCAGGCGCAAACAUUGCCUCUGAGAUUGCUAAGGAGCUGUACUCGGAGACCACCGUCGCAUACGACCCACCACCAAUGGACUCCCGUCACCCAACACCAAGCGGGUCACCGAGCUCUUCGCAGGUCAACUUGAUCAACCCUGGCAUCGAGCCUGGCACACGCUCAGCCAAAUUAACACCUCUACCAUUCGAGUACCCUCCGCUAUCGCACGAAAAUAUUCGAAAGCUCUUCCACCGCCCCUACUUUCACGUCCACCUGGUCAACGAUGUUGCUGGUGUGUCCCUUGGCGGAGCUUUGAAGAACAUCAUCGCUCUUGCGGCUGGUUUUGUCGAUGGCUUGGGCUGGGGUGACAAUGCCAAGGCAGCUGUUAUGCGUGUUGGCAUACUCGAGAUGGUCAAGUUUGGGAAGACCUUCUUUGGGGAGAGUGCCCGUACCAGCACCUUCACCGAAGAGAGCUGUGGUGUUGCCGAUGUCAUCACUUCGUGCUCGGGCGGUCGCAACUUCCGAUGUGCAAAGAUGGCCGUCGAGCGUGGAGAAUCGAUUGGCGACAUUGAAGAGAAGGAGCUUAACGGGCAGAAGCUGCAAGGUACCAGCACUGCCAUUGAGGUGAAUCAGUUUCUCAAGUCACAAGGCAAGGAGGUCGACUUCCCAUUGUUCACUGCGGUGUACAACAUCCUGGAGGGCAAGGCCAAGCCUCAGGACAUCCCUGAGCUCAUUGAGCCAAAGCAUUAG